AUGGAAGGUAACGAGAAAGACGAACGAGAGUGGGAUAAUCUCCCUUGGCUCGACGAUGUAGCUUGGUUCUGUUGUCUAAAUCAUAAAAUUACGAACAACUGGCCACCAGCAUAUAUCCUAACGUUCUACUUUAUACUCGCGAACCUGUGCGAUGUGUACCUCAGGAAUAUUGGGGAGUACGCUCUAGUUACAUCGGUGGUUUUUGAAUCAUUUUUCGCUGCUUCUCCAAACAAGAAUCACCGAUUGAAUAAUACAAAGAUGGAACAAAAGCCGCCAUUUUGCUUGGAUUCCGGAAUAGCUUGCCUAUUAGAAAACGAAAAUCAGCUUCUCAAUGAGGCACAAAAGAAAAUAGUAAGGGAAGUCGUAGAAAAUGACCCUGACGCAAAGGUUCCCGGGUGGUUGAAAUUUCACAUAUUCGUUGGACAAGUUGAUAACAAAUUCCAUUUGGUGCACUGUACGUGUUGUGCAUAUGACUUUGCUGAUGUACUUGUGGAUAUCUUGGAGAAUUAUUCAAGGUUCCGCCAAAAACCAGACACCAAAAUCGCACGGCGGACACGUCUACCGAAAAUUAUAGAAAAGGUUCUGCUACAGAACCCAUCUAUAGGUAGCAUAGGCAGCGCCGAAUUAUCGCUCAAUCAAAGAAUUGAUAUACUUUGGGAUACCAAGAAUAUGUUUAAUGCUGGGAUGAUCCAAGAGUUCACACCCAAAGACAGAUACCGCCGUAUUGUUGCUGCAUCGUCAAUCAUGUUACUGUAUACACUGAUGCCGCAUGACUAUGCCAUCAAACAUCUCGGGAGAAUGAUAAGAAAAACUGAUCAUCAGUCUCUCAUAGAAACCUGCACUAUGGUCGACCGGCUGCUGCUCAACUUUCCAAAGGAAAGCGAUGUAUGGAGCCUCAAACUAUACAUUACCAAAGAGUUUCUUCGGAGGUUGCGUAAGAAAGGGCCUGAUAUGAUAGAUAGUGUAGAGAAGCUAUUCGGCAAAGACCGCAUGGCUAUUGAGGACCUCCUCUUUCAAGUCUCAGAAAAGACGAGAAUGAAUGGACGCUUAUCGUGGUUUCUCUGGCAUAUAUAUAAUGUUGUAGUUGAUGUUGCUCUUAGGGGCGUGUCGCCAGUUGCAAGAAAACGUGUGCUUGAAAAAAUACAGCAAUACUUUAUCAGGCUGUAUGCCGGCCUCCUGAUCGUCAAUGAUGGCUACCAAGGCAUCUUCUACAUAUAUCUUCACAUAGUCCGUGGCUAUCCGGAAAGGCUAAAGGGGCUUCGCGAAAUAUGCGAAAGCGCUAAAUCUAAUGCCUCAUGGAGAGCCAACCUUGAAAUAUUGGACAAGGCUGAGGGUCGUUAA